CUAUAGUGCCUCAGCGCCACGCAUGCGUACAGAGCGCAACGCAAGGAUACACAUGCGCAGACUGUACGACGACUUCCCGACAAUUAUACAGCGGGCCGGGACUUUGCAAGUCCGUGAGAGAUCGGUAGGAAAUAACGCCAAAAGAAUGCAUCACCGCACUUCAGUCUCAAGUUCCCCAGCUUGUUGGCGUUCCAUUCCAUGCCAGCAUUCUGAACUUCGACUGGACUAUGUGCUGGCUUGUGGACAGACUUUCCGGUGGAAGGAAUUUAGCCCAGGCUACUGGACUGGAGUCUUAAAAGGGCGGGUGUGGACUCUGACUCAGACAGAUGAGCAUAUCUGGUACACUGUGUAUACCAACGACCAAAGACCUGCACAGGAUUCUGAUGAGUCGAAAGUCACUACAGAGCAAAAUGAUAGGCAACAUAGCGCUAAGCCAUGUAAAUUGCCGAAAAAAAAGAUAAAAAAGGAAGAAAUAAACCCAGAAGAUAAAGCGAUAACUGGAGAUUGUCCGCUCAUUUGUAAAGAUACAGACUGCAAGAAAGACCAAGAGAUACUGGAAGACUACUUCCAACUCAACAUCAGUCUGAGGACACUCUACCAGCAUUGGGAGAGCUCAGACCCAAACUUCCAGAGAGUCGCACAGGAUUUUCCAGGUAUUCGAAUUUUACGCCAGGACCCCACAGAAUGCCUCUUCUCAUUUAUUUGCACCUCUAAUAAUAACAUCUCUCGCAUCACGGGUAUGAUCGAGCGAGUGUGCUGCUCUCUGGGACAGCGUUUGUGCCAGCUGGACUCUGACGUGUACCACACCUUCCCAACUUUACAGGAAUUGGCAGCGGAAGGCACAGAGGCCAAGUUGAGGGAUUUGGGCUUCGGGUACAGAGCCAGGUUUGUCAGUGAAAGUGCAAGAACCAUCUUAUCCAAACAUUGCCCUGACUGGUUGGAGAGUUUGCGUCUUGUACCCUAUGAAGAGGCAAAGACUGCACUGUGCUCCCUGCCAGGGGUAGGAGCUAAGGUGGCAGACUGCGUUUGCCUAAUGGCCUUGGAUAAGCCAGAAGCUGUGCCUGUUGACACCCAUGUUUGGCAAGUAGCAAAGAGAGACUACUUGCCCCAGCUUGGUAGUGGCAACAAGACACUGACAGAUCGAGUGUACAGGGAGACAGGAGAUUUUUUCCAUAAUUUGUGGGGACCCUAUGCUGGAUGGGCGCAGUCGGUCUUGUUCUGCUCUGAGCUCAAGAAAUUUCACGAUUCCACAAAUCACAUCAAACCAAAGGUGAACCGGAAAACUCAAAAGAAGAAAAAAACAGCAAGUUCUGUAUGAAUUAUACAUUGGCAUUCGUUUUUUACAAACAAAUUGUAUAUUGAUAUUUUUUAGUAUUUUUAUAUAAAAUGUGUUCAAAUGAAUUAUACGCUAACAUUACAACUUGUUGUUGUUUAAAGGGGAGUGCAGCUGGGCGUGAUCACCUGUGUGGCAAUAGCUUGUAUAGGCAACAAGGUUUUUACCUCCAAACUAUCUUUCCACCUUUGUAACCUCGGGGACACCUCAGGCUUGUCCACACAGAAACAGAUACAGAUACGGGUACAGUGGGACUUUUAACUGUACCUUGCGCCUUGUUAGACAGUUUAAGACUACUUUAGCUUAGACACUGACAUCAAUAAAGAGCCCAUAAGUGCUGCGGUUCUCAACCUGUGGGUCAGGAUCCCUUUGGGGGUCGAACAACCCUUUCACAGGGGUCGCCUAAGACCAUCGGAAAACACAUAUUUCCGAUGGUCUUGGAAAUAAUUUUAUUGUUGGGGGUCACCACAACAUGAGGAACUGUAUUAAAGGGUCGCAGCAUUAGGAAGGUAGAGAACCACUGCUUUAGUGGAUGGGUAGCAAGUGUGUGUAUUUUUUAACAUUGGCAUAUAUAAUGUCUAAUCUAAUGCAGUGACCCUGAGAACAUGGAUUGUGAUGUUUGGGACAGACAAAGGCAAUGUUUCUUUUUUUAAAAGAUUCUGCCACUAGACUGAAAAUGCAGUGAAAUCCUUCAGGCAAAUCCCCAAGGAAAAGGCACUGCUGUAAGACAUGCGUGUCCAGACUUUGCCGACGUGGGGAUUCCUUUUAGCGAAGUUAUCGCAUCAAGGUCUAAAACCAAAAGCGCUAUUUACACUGCAAUGGUGAAAGAAUUUCCCCAGAAAUCUAAAUACAAGAAGGCACCCAGAAGGCUCAUCAAAUGGAGUUUUUCUAGACUUUCUAUGAUCUACUGGUCACUCAAGAUCUACUCAUCACCUUCUACUCCUAACUUGUUCACUUGUUCUCUGCUCUCACAUUUGUUUCUCUCAAUUGCAUAUGACUGUAGUGCUAUAUAAAUAAAUACAAUACAAUCAA